AUGGGCAUGGAUGUCAUUGGUCCAAUCGAGAAACCAGCAUCCAAUGGGCACAGAUUCAUUCUUGUCGGAAUUGACUAUUUCACCAUGUGGGUUGAGGCCACCUCCCAUAAAUCAGUGACAAAGAAAGUUGUGGAUGACUUUUUCAAAAAUAACAUUAUUUGUAGGUUUGGAAAUCCUGAGUCAAUCAUCUCCGACAAUGGCACCAACCUAAACAUUGACCUAAUGAGAUCAAUGUGUGAGGAGUUCAAGAUCAGUCAUCGAAACUCUACAACAUACAUGCCACUAAUGAACAGGGUUGUUGAGGCAGCAAACAAAAACAUCAAAAGGAUAUUGCGCAAGAUGAUCGAUAACCACAAACACUGGCAGGAAAAGCUACCUUUCACAUUGCUGGGGUAUCGUACCACAACCAGAACUUCCACAGAGGCCACACCUUGCUUGUUAGUAUACGGCACAGAAGCUGUGAUACCCAUCGAAGUAGAAAUACCUUCCCUAAGGAUCAUCCAAGAAGCAAAGUUGAGUGACGCUGACUGGAUACAAGGUCAGGCAGAGACUUUGACAAUAGUAGAUGGAAGAAGAAUUUGUCAUGGUCAGCUCUAUCAGAAUAGAAUAGCCAGAGCUUUCAACAAAAAGGUUAAACCCAGACAUUUCUCACCUGGGCAACUGGUUUUGAAGCGGAUUUUCCCAAAUCAAGACGAGGCAAAGGGUAAAUUUUCACCAAAAUGGCAAGGUCUGUACGUAGUCUCUCGAGUACUGACAGGCGGAGCCCUCAUACUUGCAGAAAUUGAUGGAGAAGUUUGGCCAAAACCUAUCUAUUCAGAUUCUAUGAAAAAAUAUUACAUCUAG